ACAUCGAACCGACAGCUUCUCUUAACUCUCAAACCCACGUCGCUGUAAGAAUGGGACGUGUUAUUCGUGCUCAGAGGAAGGGUGCGGGGAGCGUCUUCCGCUCUCACACAAAGCACCGCAAAGGAGCACCCCGGCUUCGCGCUUUGGACUUUGCUGAGCGUCAUGGUUACACUAAGGGAGUUGUAAAAGAUAUUAUCCACGACCCUGGCCGUGGUGCUCCCCUGGCUGUUGUCCACUUCAGGGACCCGUACAGGUUUAAGACGCGCAAAGAGCUGUUCGUUGCCCCCGAAGGCAUGUACACCGGCCAGUUCUUGUACUGCGGUAGGAAGGCCACCCUCAGCAUUGGCAAUGUUAUGCCUGUCGGCCAGAUGCCCGAAGGUACCAUUGUUUGCAACUUGGAGGAGAAGACUGGCGACCGAGGCCGCUUGGCCAGGGCGUCCGGAAACUACGCCACCAUCAUCGCUCACAACCCUGACACCAAGAAGACCCGUGUCAAACUGCCCUCUGGAGCUAAGAAAGUUAUGCCCUCCAACAACCGUGCCAUGGUUGGCAUUGUUGCUGGCGGUGGCCGUAUUGACAAGCCUGUGCUGAAGGCAGGUCGCGCAUACCACAAGUACAAGGCCAAGCGCAACAGCUGGCCUAAGGUCCGUGGUGUGGCCAUGAACCCUGUGGAGCAUCCCCACGGUGGUGGUAACCAUCAACACAUUGGUAAGGCUUCCACUGUCAAGAGAGGAACCAGUGCCGGUCGCAAGGUUGGUCUUAUUGCUGCCAGAAGAACAGGCAGAAUCAGAGGAGGAAAGACCAGCCAGAACAAGGACGAUUAGGCAUAAUUUUUACUCUGGUGUAACUAAUAAAAUUUGUUCCAUUUGGACACAAAAAAUCAA